AAGUUUUCUUUCUUCAAAGCAAAAAAUCAGAAAUCUACUUGCAGUAGAAAGGUCACAAAAAUUAUGAUUGUAGUCUCUUGGGUGGUGCCGAUUACGGUAGCGUUGGUGCUCUAUGGAUACUAUGACUGCGAUUUUGUGUUUGACAAUAAUAUUUGGGCAUUCGUCUUCACACAGACAAAGGAAUGCAAGUUCAUAUCGUGGAAUAUUGACUUUUACAAGGACUUAUCUAUAGUCAUAGUAAUCGCUGUUGUCGAUGUUCUUACAAUAUUGAAAGUACACAUAACCAACGUCGAGAUACGUAAAACUGGAAGAACAGAUAGCGAUCGAAGGCGCAAGAAUGAAAUUAAUUUCUUGAAACAGGCCGUCAUGCAAGGUAUAGUGUUUGUUGUGGAACUCUAUACAUACUUCUAUCUUGCAUGGCAGUUUAACAACAGAUGGAUUGUGUGGACUUUGACGACAGCUGCUUGGAACAUAGUACACUGCAGUGACUCGUACGUAACUUAA